AGUAAUGGCAUAAAGGCAGCUUGUAUAAAUAGUGAAACAACUUAUGACGAAAAGCAGUCGAUUCUUGCAUCAGAGGAUCUACGUCUUCUUUAUGUUACUCCGGAAUUUAUUCUCUCCAGCGAUUCGCUGUUGCCACGCAUCGGCAAAAAUGUUGGUUUUUUGGCAAUCGAUGAAGCGCACUGUGUUUCGCAAUGGGGACAUGAAUUUAGGCCUUCCUAUCGGAAACUGGCGAAUGUUCGCCGUAUCCUGAAUUCCAGUGUUCCGGUAAUGGCACUGACAGCUACAGCAACAGAACGG